UCCUCAAACUCUCAGUUAAGUUCUUCCAAAGCUGUGAGGUAACACACUCAACACAACGUGUGUGUCUACCCGGGGAGCGCAUCAGCACAAGGACGUUAAAGACAGUCGGUCCCCUUUGCUCUGUGAAGUACUGGCUAAGGGAGGAGGGGUGGGGAUUCUGCUAAAUUGCACCCUGCGCUUUGGUCGCCCUCAAUGGAGCCCAGUUUGUCAGCGUCUCGCAUUCUUCAGAAGUGGACUGGGAUUCUCGUCUGUGUCUCUGCUUUCGCCGCACAUAGGAUUUGGAAUAGGAGGCAGCCACACUCCCAGGAGACAGAUUCAACUGCUUAGGCUAUAGGUCUUCACAGAAUGCUGGCUGAAGGAAUUGUUCAUUCACGGUUAAUUUCAAACCAAGAAAAUCAGCAGUUUCAUCCAAGCUGGUGCUUAACUUCGAAUUGAAAUGGAUUUAGAAACUACCUUUUGGAGGAUUAAAUGAAAAUGUUGCAGCAACUGUGGCUCAGCAAAUCCACAACCUUUGAAUUCAGGCUGUGCUGAUCAUUAUGAUAAAGUGAAGAAUUGCUGCAAUGAGUGUCAAGCAGUGAAAAGGCAACUUCCAUCAGUGUCUCCAGCAACAUUCGCAACAUAACUGCCACACAAGUGCCAGGCAAUGACCAUCUCCAACAAGAGUGAAUCUAACCAUCGCCCCUUGACAUUCAAUGGCAUUGCCAACGCUGAAUCCCCCAUUGCCAACAUCUUGGGGUGUUACUAUUAACGAGAAACUGAACUGGACUAGCCAUAUAAGUACUGUGGCUACAAGAGCAGGCCAGAGGCUCGGGAUCCUGUGGCUUCUAUCUCUCUGCUCCCUGUAACAAAGACAGACCCGUCAACUGCAAACCUUGUGGGGAAGGAGAGUUUCUGGAGCACAGUAAUUCUCAAACAGAAUGUUUGAAACAGAUCGAGUGUGAUGAAAUGAAAGGAUUUGAAAUACUGCAUAGAGGAGAUGCAGUGACUGCUACACAGUGUGUAUGUAGAGCCAAUUACCACUGUUCACAAGAUUGUGAAUAUUGCCUCAGGGAUAAUCCAUGUCUCCCAGGUUUCGAAGUGAAGGAGAAAGCAAACAGGUUAUCUGAUACUAAAUGUAGGCCCUGUCCACCAACGUACUUUUCAAAUGAGACCUCACUUACAGCGAAGUGUAAACUGAGGACCAAUUGCACCAUCCUUGGAAUGAAGGAGAGAGUUCCUGGUAAUAUGACCUCUGAUGCCGUGUGCAUCAGUGUUGAUGCAUCACUUUCACCCAUUUCAGAUGGUUCAAUACUGGCAAUCACUGUGGGCCUUGCAUGUGGAUGUGGAGUAAUCAUAUUGUUUAUCUGUGCCUUAAUAUUCCACAGAAAGACUCUGACAGCUCUUACAGAUUGUGUUCGACAGAGAAUUGCUGAUGCCUGGUGCAGCGUUCGGAGUCAAAAGAGAAAUGAGGGAAAUCCACCUGCUGAUCAAGCGAUUGGUAAGUUGCCAAGUGAUAAUCAUGACUGGGAUCGAGAGAGUGAGUUGUUUAUACCACCCAAGUAUCCGGAGAAGGCAAUUGAUCAGGCCAGUGGCUCCAUAUUCUACACAUUUGCAGAGCAUCCCGAUUGUAGCUACGCUUUGAAGCCUUUCUGUGAAGUUGAGCCCCUGCAUAGUGCCGCACAUUCCCCAAGGAUCCCAAGAGAGAAUCCAGAAAGUAAAUACUCCAUUGGAAAUGGAGGAGAAGUCUCCAGUGCAAAGCAUUUAGAAGACCUAAGGGCAGGAAAUUCAAUGAAUCCCCUGUUGCCUGCAGCGUAUAAGGUGGAAGAGUCAAUUCACCAUAAUUCAUCCAAGCAAGAAAGGAACAAUAUCAAAAGUGUCCAAACACAAACAUGUUGUAGUACUCCGAUCUCAGGCAGAACAGCUCCAUUGCCUUACAGACAGUCAAACAAAGGUCAUACUCUAAAGUAUGAUGGUCAUACAAGUCAUCAAAGUAACUGUCGCAGCAACUGUCAGAGGUCUGACAAUACCGAUAGAGACAGUCCGAACAACACAGACUCUGAUCACUCAAAUCCAGGUGAUGAAAACAGUCACAAGUCAGGAAAUUCAACACCAUCUGCUUUUUCCUGCGGCACGAAUAUGACAAGUGGCCAACCGGUGCUGAGUGUCGGUGGUGGUUCGGUCGUUUUCAAUGUAAUCGUCAAAGUGAAUCACACGACAGAGCAGGACAGCAGGGGAGAGGUGAAUGACAGAGCCGGCUUUCCUGGAAGGAAAGGAACACCCAGAGAAAAUGAUAGAUUCCCCUUGAGGGAGGAGAAACCAGGCGCCGAGUGUGACUUUGAGACUGAUGCAGGAUUCCCUGUGCAAGAACAACAUUUUAAGGAAACUGUGUGCGUCCCUGUCCAAGAGGAACAAAGCAGACUUCACCUCCACAAAGUGAACCUUCCGAUCCAGGAACAAAACAGCAGCAAAAGCUUGGAAGAAAGUCUGAGCUUGUCAAGUAAAACAGUCAGGCAAGAGAGUCAGGAGCAUCCCAAAGGAAGUACACUCAUUCCUGUGCAAGAAGAUGGAAAACCUGAACAUUUUCCCAGCAAAGAAGAGAAUUAAUGAGUAGAACUCUUCAUAUCAAAAUGUCUUACUGAAAUUCUGAACUAUAUAUGACUUUUGCAUAGACAUAACUGGAGAUUAUACACUAACAUCCGGGGAGAGGUGCUAUUGGCUUAUUGAGGAAGUUAAGGAAAUUAUGUUAGUUUUUUUGUAUGUUUAUCAAAAUGAUACUUUUUUUCUGGUAUCUAAAUGGCCAAAUGAAAUUACUUUUCAGCCUCAUUUGUGGCAAGGUCAACAACAGAGAGUUUUGUUCACAAUACAGAAUGAUUGUAGGACAUUAAAAGAUUGCAGGCCACAUUUCACCAACAACUUGCAUUUAUAUCGCACCUUUAACAUUGUAAAACAUUCCGAGGUGCUUCACAGGGGCACUACCAAACAGAAGGAGGUAGUAGGACAGAUGGCCUAGUAGGCUUUACGGAGCAUCUUAAAUGAGGAGAGAGAGGUAGAGAGGAUGAGAGUUUUAGGGAGAGAAUUCCAGAGUUUAGGGCAUAGGAAACUGAUGUCACAGCUCUGAACGGUGAACCAAUUCAAAUUGGGGAUGCUCAAUUUUUAUAGGUACUUUUCUUUAUACCCAAUUUUCAUGACCAAAAUAGGAAUGUACUUCUGUGAAAGUUGUAGCUCAUACCAAAAAAACGCAUUGAUGCAUGUGCAUUUGGAAAAGAUGUGGAUAAUUCAAUCAUUAACAUUUCCCUUAAGGAGCAACGGGAAUUUAGGCCUUUCUGCUUAGUGGCGUGAGACUUAACAGUUUGAGAGUCUUCCACCAUGGUUUUAAAACAAAAGGCUAGAGUGAUGAAAAGUGGUUGUACAGAAUGGACUGAGCUAUGGGUCCAUCUGCUGGUAAUGAUUAUACUAACUGUGCUUCAAGAAAAAAAUUGAAUUAAAAUGCCCCUUAUAUACAACAAUUUGGGAUGGAUAAUAAAAUUGAAUAUAAUUGAACUAGAGAGAUUUGACAAUGUAUUGCUGUAAAACAAUGGGGACAAAGCAUACAUGUUCAAUCACCAAGGAUUUGCAUCUAUCUAUUUUAUAUUAAAAAUAUGUUGUUAGAUCUGUUUUAUGUUUAUCUGUUUAAAUACAAGAUUCACUUAUUUAAAAAAUA